AAAAUGGUUUGGUCGGCAAAAGAGCCAUGGAACGGGCUUUACCGGUAGCCAGUGAAGGUGGUAUAAUAAGCUCGGUCUAAAUUUCCCGGCAACGUACUCAAACGCCGCUAUUAAUUGCGUGUUUCUUCCUUUGAUCAUUCAUUAAUUUGCUUUUAAUUUUAAAUUUGACCCAAAAAAAAAGUUGCUUACUUUUUUUCUUCUUUUUAUAUGAUGGUUGGGCAACGAAGAGGAUCAUCGGUUUAUAUAUUGUUUUAAAACCUCUCUCUCUCUAUAUAUAUUCUAAAAAAGCUGCGUCUUUUGUACGAAUCCAUUCAUCUCUUUGCUUCCUCCUCCGAUCGGUCAUUGGUUUUAGGGGGGAUGAUGGUUUCUCAGUCUUUUAUCAUUACCUUCUCUCUGUACAACACAAUGAAACUAAGGUAGUUGAGAAACUGGGGAAAAACCUUACUGGUAGGUGAUUCGAGAGUUCGAUUAAUUUGAGAAACUAGUUCGUUCGACCAUUGUUUCAGUUGUGGUGUUUGCAGACCUUCUUGGUUGAUUAAGAAAGCAAUCUGAAUUUUAAACUCAGAUAAGUGAGCCAAUUUUUUAUUUUAUUUAGCGUGGUAAUUAGUAAUCUCUCUGAGUGUUUUGUGGCCAAUAUCUAAGUUUAUUGUAGUAAAGGCUUUACUGUGUUCUCCCCAAUCCAUUGGAAGUAUGCUGAUCCUACUGAAUAACUUCUUUACGGAGGAAUAGCUGUCCUGUGACAUUUGUAGAGUGCGUGAAUCAGUUGAAGGAUGAUUAAAGUCUGAUAUAAGGUAUCCAUGGGUAGAGGGACCUUCGAUCCCUCUUACAGGGAGUAAGCCAUGGAGCAUAAGGUGUGCCGGCAGCUUUUAAGACAGCAAAGCAAAUAGUUCAAAAAUAGUGAAAUGAGGUGGUAAAUUUCAAAGAGCCUCUAAUUGCUCCCGGCUGAUUUACUUUCGUGGUUGGUGUGCGGAAAUGGUGAAUCAGCGGUUUUCUUUUUUAAAGUAGUUUAGUGUAUUCUUGGUUGGGAGUUUCAAACCUAUUCCUCACACUCUUGUAGGAUUAUGAUGUAUAUGAGCUCUGAGGUAUAGUAUGGUAGGUACAGGUAACAAAGGUAAUCGAUACUAAAUCUGGAAACUAUUGACUUUUUCUUAUAUAUGACUUCUCAUUCUUCAAAUUGACUGGUUUAUAUUUUCCAGAGAAAACUAAUUAUGUUAUUUGAGAAGCUAAGGUCCGUUCUAAAACUGUGUAGUCUUCUCUUUGCAUAUUCAAUCUCAUUACUUGUGGCUUGAGUAUACUCAUAUGUGUGGUUCAAGAAACACUGUGUUUUAUAAACUCGACUGUGGUGAAGUUCUUCAGUAUGCAAAGAUUAGACUUUUUGGUCUUGAAAUGUGACUAUAAGAUUGAAAACAAAUGACACGUUUUCAGCCACCAUGUGGUUACUUAUUGGCAUCCAUUCUAAGUGAUACCAUUCUUGAAUGAAAACGAAGUUUGCUUGGUAAUUAAAGAUAGACAUUUUCUGAGCUUGUAAAUGUUUUUCUGGGUGAAUUUUUGAAUGCUGAGAGAGCUUUCUGUGCAGGGUUAAGCUGGACACCGAGGUUGAAGCUUUGUGUAGUAAUCCAUGGGGCACAGAUAUUUUCCUGGUUCAUCCCAAUAUUUUGAUGAUGAACAUGAUCAAGGCUGGAAUCAUUUACACCCAGACCAUCCAUUUACGACUCUAGAGAUUGAUACUCAGCCUUUGUUAAGAGUUAUUGAGUUGAUGAUGCAUGCUCAUUUUUAGUCUAAGAAGUUCCAUGUGGUUCUCACUAGCAAGAUCUGGGACCAAUGAGAACAACAGAUCGCAUGUUUAUCCAGCAGAAAACAUGUUGAGUGAAGGAGUUCCAGUUUCUUCGCAUUGGAACUCUUCUAUAGGACCAAAUGCCUACACUGCUCCAGGUCAUGGUGUGGAGAGGCCACACUACAAUCCAAGCACUUCGGGCCCCCCAUCCCAUGUUCCUCCCAUGAGUUCAGCAGUUGCAACUCUCUCUGCUCCACAUGAAACUUAUGUGACAUCUGCGUCUUCUUCUAACUACAACAGCCAUACAUGGUCUAAUGAUAGCUAUGUUGAAAAUGUGAGAGGAUCACUGAAGCGGAAAGCCCCAUACUGUUCUUCCAACUAUGAAAUGGGUAGCUCGAGCCAUUACCGCGGUGACAGAGCUUCCUCAGAGGUGCCUUUCCCAUCGGAGUUGCACAUGGGAAAAUCUACAAGUCAUGGUCAGGAUCCUCAUUACAUGCCUUGGCUCAUGGACCCAUCUUACAGGAGUAAUAAUCUCUUUAUGAGGGGAGAGAGUUCUUCAAGGAAUGUCCGGAGCCGUCCUACACUUGAUUUAGAGACGUGCCUUGAUUCUCAUCCUACACACCACAAUGUUGAGCAUCCUAGCUCAGGUCAGUUUCCUGGUCAGCCAUCUCACAGAGACAAGGACUGGAUCUAUCCUAGACUCUCCCCAGUUCCUGGAGAUAUAAAUGGCUUUACUCCAGAGACGAGUAAUUUUCUUCCUGCGAGAAGUGUUGUCAAUAAUAGCACAUCUGUUGAUACCUCUGGCUAUCACCAGGGGCUAACCGGAAACAGAAACUCUACUGUUCCCCACUGUUUCCCCGGAGCUUCAACACAAUCUGCAAGCAGCUCCCGCUUCUCUCAUAGGUCAACUCCCACCUAUAGGUCUUCAUCAAACGGAUUGAGAUUGGGACAUGUAGCAUCUUCUUCUGCAGACAGGUCUCAUUUGGUUAAUGAGACAUACCCUUCUAGGCAUCAUCUAAGGCCACCACCACACAUUUCAUGGCGUAGCAGUGGUCGCCCGGGUAGACGCAGGAGUUCGUAUGAGAGGUUUCAGCCUCCUUUCGAUGAAGCUGCUCUCCAUGAACGGUUUUCAUCUCAGGGAAUUAUGGUUGUAGAUCACCAUCUGCAGCAUGGAUCCAGACAUAUGAUUGAUCACCACAGAGACAUGAGGCUCGACAUAGAUGACAUGACCUACGAGGAGCUUCUUGCGCUUGGAGAAAGGAUUGGGAGUGUCAACACUGGUCUAUCCAACAACACAAUCUCCAGUUGCUUGUCAGAGACCACAUAUUACCACCCUUUGUAUCAAACGGAUGAGCAAAGAAAAUGCGCAAUCUGCCUGGAGGAGUACAAGGAAGGAGAAGAGUUAGGGGAACUUAAAGGAUGUGGUCAUGAUUACCAUGGUGGGUGCAUCAAGAAAUGGCUCUCUAUGAAGAACUCUUGCCCUAUCUGCAAAUCCCCUGCUUUGCCUGAUUCUUCUUCUAAGAAUCCAUAAUAAAUUAUAAUUAGAUUAUUAGUCUUUUCAGUCUGUGUUCAUGUCUUUUUCUUGUUUAAAGAAAAACAAAAACUUAAGUUGUCAUAGGUGAUGGUUGUAAAUAGAAGGAUAUCUUCACUAUGAAAAAGAGGUGAUAUAUUCUCCAGUCAUCUUUACAUUUUUCUCAGCACUAAUGGCUCGUGAUAAGAUAUUGUGCAA